AGGAGCUGUCCGCGUCCCCCGGUGCUGAAACAAAAUGGCUGGUGGCGGUGGAGGUAGGGACCCGGCGUGAGCGGAGAACAGAGCCCAGAGAGCUCGGGAGCCAAGAAUCCAGCAAGCCGAAAGAGCCAGCGAUCAGGCCGGGUAGGGCUGGGCUGGGAUGCCACAGCCCCGCGGGCGGGUGUCGGCGCAUAGGCAGCCUCCCUGCUGAGCUCCGGGUCCCCCCACCUCCGCCCCCAGCCCCGGGCUCGGCCCCCAGGACCAUGUCGCUGCUCUGCGUUGGAGUCAAAAAAGCCAAGUUUGAUGGUGCUCAAGAAAAAUUCAAUACCUACGUGACCCUGAAGGUGCAGAAUGUUAAGAGCACCACCAUCGCGGUGCGGGGGAACCUGCCAUGCUGGGAGCAGGAUUUCAUGUUUGAAAUUAAUCGCCUGGACCUUGGCCUGACAGUGGAAGUUUGGAAUAAAGGGCUCAUCUGGGACACCAUGGUGGGCACAGUAUGGAUCCCCCUACGGACCAUUCGCCAGUCUAAUGAGGAGGGCCCUGGUGAAUGGCUCACCUUGGACUCUCAAGUCAUUAUGACAGACAAUGAGAUCUGUGGUACCAAGGAUCCCACCUUCCAUCGAAUUCUUCUGGAUACCCGCUUUGAACUGCCCUUGGACAUCCCUGAGGAAGAAGCUCGCUAUUGGGCAAAGAAGCUGGAGCAGUUGAAUGCUAUGAGGGACCAGGAUGAUUAUUCAUUCCAAGAAGAACAGGACAAACCUCUUCCUGUUCCCAGCUCCCAGUGUUGCAACUGGAGUUAUUUUGGCUGGGGGGAGCAGCAGAAUGAAGACCCAGACAGUGCUGUGGACGACCGGGACAGUGAUUAUCGCAGUGAGACGAGUAACAGCAUCCCACCACCCUACUACACCACAUCCCAGCCAAAUGCCUCUGUCCACCAGUAUUCAGUUCGACCUCCUCCACUGGGCUCUCGAGACUCUCGAGACUCUUACAGUGACUCUAUGAGGAGCUAUGAUGACUAUUCAGAAGCGCCUCCAGUCAGCCCAACUGGUAGCAGUCGCUACGCCUCCUCUGGGGAACUGAGCCAGGGCAGCUCCCAGCUGAGUGAGGACUUUGAUCCAGAUGACCAAAGCUUACAGGGUUCAGAGAUAGACGAAGAGAGGGAUCGAGACUCUUAUCACUCCUGCCACAGUUCAGUUAGCUACCAUAAAGACUCUCCACAUUGGGAUCAGAAUGAGGAGGAAGAGGAGGAGGAGGAGGAAGAAGAAGACUUAGAGGAGGAAGACUUGGAGGAGGAAGACCUAGAAGAAGACUUGGAGGAAGACCUAGAGGAUGAGGGGCUGAGGCAGGAAGGCUACAGUGAGAAUGAGGAAGAAUACUCCAAGGAAGAGAGCUAUCCACCAGUUGCACCCACAUCCUCAGAAAGGGAGGAGAAACUCUCUCCAGUGUCUGCUGAAGUCCCUGAAGUUGCCAAGAUGCCUCCAGAGACAGCAGCAACUGAGGAGGUGCCUGGAGCAGAGCGAGCACCUGAGCCAGAACCUCCAAAACUGGAAGAGAGGGAUCGUGAAGAGGAAGAGGGACAGGACUCCAUGUCCAGAGCCAAGGCCAACUGGUUACGAGUAUUCAACAAAGUUCGGAUGCAACUCCAGGAGGCCCGAGGAGAAGGAGACAUGUCUAACUCACUGUGGUUCAAAGGCGGGCCUGGAGGUGGUCUCAUCAUCAUAGACAGCAUGCCUGACAUACGCAAAAGAAAACCAAUACCCCUUGUGAGCGACCUGGCGAUGUCCCUGGUCCAGUCCCGGAAGGCUGGGAUCACCUCUGCAUUGGCCUCCAGCACCUUAAACAAUGAAGAGCUAAAAAACCAUGUUUACAAGAAGACGCUUCAAGCCUUAAUCUACCCCAUCUCCUGCACAACCCCCCACAACUUCGAGGUGUGGACGGCCACCACACCCACCUACUGCUACGAGUGUGAGGGACUGCUGUGGGGCAUUGCGAGACAGGGCAUGAGAUGUACCGAGUGUGGGGUCAAAUGCCACGAGAAAUGCCAGGACUUACUCAAUGCUGACUGCCUACAGAGAGCUGCAGAGAAGAGUUCCAAACAUGGGGCUGAAGACCGCACACAGAACAUCAUUAUGGUGCUUAAGGACCGUAUGAAGAUCCGAGAGCGGAAUAAGCCUGAGAUCUUUGAGCUGAUCCAGGAGAUCUUUGCAGUCUCCAAGACAACACAUACACAGCAGAUGAAGGCUGUAAAACAGAGUGUCCUGGAUGGGACUUCCAAGUGGUCGGCUAAGAUCAGUAUCACUGUGGUCUGUGCCCAGGGCCUUCAGGCAAAGGAUAAAACCGGCUCCAGUGACCCCUAUGUUACUGUCCAGGUCGGCAAGACGAAGAAACGAACUAAAACCAUCUAUGGGAAUCUCAACCCUGUGUGGGAAGAGAACUUCCAUUUUGAGUGCCAUAACUCUUCAGACCGCAUCAAGGUGCGUGUCUGGGAUGAGGACGAUGACAUCAAGUCUCGAGUGAAACAGAGGUUCAAGCGAGAAUCAGAUGACUUCUUGGGCCAGACCAUCAUUGAAGUGCGGACUCUGAGCGGCGAGAUGGAUGUCUGGUACAACCUAGACAAGCGGACAGACAAGUCAGCUGUUUCUGGAGCCAUCCGAUUACAUAUCAGUGUGGAGAUCAAGGGUGAGGAGAAGGUGGCACCAUACCAUGUCCAGUACACGUGUCUGCAUGAGAACCUGUUCCACUUUGUGACAGACCUUCAGAACAGUGGAGCUGUUCGGAUCCCAGAUGCAAAGGGUGAUGAUGCCUGGAAGGUCUAUUACGAUGAGACUGCCCAGGAAAUUGUGGACGAGUUUGCCAUGCGUUAUGGUGUCGAAUCCAUCUACCAAGCCAUGACACACUUUGCCUGCCUCUCUUCCAAGUACAUGUGCCCUGGAGUACCUGCUGUCAUGAGUACCCUGUUAGCCAACAUUAAUGCCUACUAUGCCCACACCACAGCCUCUACCAAUGUCUCUGCUUCUGACCGAUUUGCUGCUUCCAACUUUGGGAAAGAACGCUUUGUGAAACUCCUAGACCAACUGCACAACUCUCUGAGAAUCGACCUUUCCAUGUACCGGAACAACUUCCCAGCGAGCAGCCCAGAGAGGCUUCAGGAUCUCAAGUCUACUGUGGACCUUCUUACCAGCAUCACUUUCUUCCGGAUGAAGGUCCAGGAGCUACAGAGCCCACCUCGUGCCAGCCAAGUGGUGAAGGAUUGUGUGAAGGCCUGCCUCAAUUCAACCUACGAGUACAUCUUUAAUAACUGCCAUGAACUCUAUAGUCGAGAAUACCAGACUGACCCGGCUAAGAAGGGUGAGGUGCCUCCAGAGGAGCAGGGCCCCAGCAUCAAAAACCUAGACUUCUGGUCCAAGCUCAUCACACUCAUCGUGUCCAUUAUUGAAGAAGACAAGAACUCCUAUACACCCUGCCUCAACCAGUUUCCCCAAGAGCUGAAUGUGGGCAAGAUCAGUGCGGAGGUGAUGUGGAACCUGUUUGCUCAGGACAUGAAGUAUGCCAUGGAGGAGCACGACAAACAUCGAUUGUGUAAGAGUGCAGACUACAUGAACUUGCACUUCAAAGUCAAAUGGUUGUACAAUGAGUAUGUGACUGAGCUGCCCUCCUUCAAGGACCGUGUGCCUGAGUACCCUGCGUGGUUUGAGCCCUUUGUUAUCCAGUGGCUGGAUGAGAAUGAGGAGGUGUCCCGGGACUUCCUCCAUGGAGCUUUGGAGCGUGACAAAAAGGAUGGGUUCCAGCAGACCUCUGAGCAUGCCCUAUUCUCCUGCUCUGUGGUGGAUGUCUUCUCCCAGCUCAAUCAGAGCUUUGAGAUCAUCAAGAAACUUGAGUGCCCUGAUCCCCAGAUUGUAGGCCACUACAUGCGCCGAUUUGCCAAGACGAUCAGCAACGUCCUGUUACAGUACGCUGAGAUCAUCUCCAAGGACUUCACCACCUACUGCUCUAAGGAGAAGGAAAAAGUGCCAUGCAUCCUCAUGAACAACACCCAGCAGCUCCGGGUACAACUGGAGAAGAUGUUUGAGGCCAUGGGUGGAAAGGAGCUGGAUGCUGAAGCCAGUGACAUCUUGAAGGAACUUCAGGUGAAACUCAAUAAUGUACUGGAUGAGCUCAGUCGACUUUUUGCCACCAGCUUCCAGCCACACAUAGAAGAGUGUGUCAAGCAGAUGGGGGACAUCCUGAGUCAAGUGAAGGGCACAGGGAACGUGCCAGCCAGUGCCUGCAGCAGUGUUGCCCAGGAUGCUGAUAACGUCCUACAGCCCAUCAUGGACCUAUUGGACAGCAACCUGACCCUCUUUGCCAAAAUCUGUGAGAAGACGGUGCUGAAGCGAGUACUGAAGGAACUCUGGAAGCUGGUGAUGAACACAAUGGAGAAGACCAUAGUCCUGCCACCCCUCACAGACCAGACGAUGAUUGGAACGCUCUUGAGAAAACAUGGCAAGGGAUUAGAGAAGGGCAGGGUGAAACUCCCCAGCCACUCAGACGGGACUCAAAUGAUCUUCAAUGCUGCCAAGGAGCUGGGCCAACUCUCUAAGCUCAAGGACCACAUGGUACGAGAAGAGGCCAAGAGCUUAACCCCCAAGCAGUGUGCUGUGGUGGAACUGGCUCUGGACACUAUCAAGCAAUACUUCCAUGCUGGUGGCGUAGGGCUUAAGAAGACCUUCUUGGAAAAAAGCCCAGACCUGCAGUCCCUCCGUUAUGCCCUGUCUCUCUACACGCAGGCCACAGAUCUGCUCAUCAAAACUUUUGUCCAGACUCAGUCGGCUCAGGUUCAUGGUGGAAAAGGUAUUAGGUUUACUCUUAGUGAAGAAAUUUAUCCUGAGAAGGGAUCAGGAGUGGAUGACCCUGUCGGUGAGGUUUCUGUCCAUGUGGAGCUCUUCACCCACCCAGGUACUGGGGAACACAAGGUGACAGUGAAAGUUGUGGCAGCCAAUGACCUCAAGUGGCAAACGUCAGGCAUCUUUCGACCCUUCAUCGAGGUCAAUAUCAUUGGGCCCCAGCUUAGUGACAAGAAAAGGAAAUUUGCCACCAAGUCCAAGAACAACAGCUGGGCUCCCAAGUACAACGAGACCUUCCAGUUCACACUGAGUGCAGAUGCCGGCCCCGAGUGCUACGAGCUGCAGGUGUGUGUCAAGGAUUACUGCUUCGCCCGUGAGGACCGCACGGUGGGCCUGGCCGUCCUCCAGCUCAAGGAGCUGCUGCAGCGCGGGAGCUGUGCCUGCUGGCUGCCCCUGGGCCGCCGCAUCCACAUGGACGACACCGGCCUCACUGUCCUGCGCAUCCUCUCCCAGCGCAGCAAUGAUGAGGUGGCCAAGGAAUUUGUCAAGCUCAAAUCGGACACCCGUUCGGCUGAGGAGGGCGGCGCCGGACCCGGACCCGGGUCUGGGCAGGGGCCUGGGCCCUAGGGAGCUAGGCUGGGCUGAUAGGGAGGGGCCCCGAGGCUGUCCUGGCCUGGUCAGCGCGGGGAAGCUCUCUCUUUCUCUCCCCCGGCGCUGGGCAGCCCAGGAGGUCCCUCCUCCCGUCAGGCGGGGAUCCUGGCCUCAGUCCUGCCCAUCGGGGAGAGGUGAGGACGGGGAGAGCCCUCUGCUCCUGCCAUCCUCACUAGGGGGUUAGGGGAGCUGAAGGGAAAGAGGCACUCCUCACUUCAUCCCACCCUAGGGAACUGAGGGGUAAGAGCCAUUGUUUCCCGGCAUACUCCAUUCACUCUGCCCACUGGGCAGAACCUCGCUAAUGAACGGAGGGAGAUGGGGAGAUUGGGUUCUAUCUUGAGCUCCCAGAAACUUACCUGCUUCGAGAUCGGGAAGGUCGGAGCUCCGCCCGCCCCCCGGGAGGGGGUUUAUGGGGGCAGAGCGGGUAGGGGAACGCAUUCCAUGGGAGGAAAGGGGGAAGGGGUAGCCCUAGGAUAUUCCUCUCUCCAGGGGACCCAUAUCCACACUCGCAGAAAAGCCAUACAGGUCGUCUGCCCUAUUAUCACCACCAGACAUACCCCUACCCCCAAGCCUGUGGCUGGGGGAAGUGGAGCAGGGCAAUUACCCAGGGAGGACCUCAGAGCCCUUUUGUGGGGCUGGGGACAGUGAGUCAGGACUCUAAGCAGGGGCUGAGGCCCUAGCCAUUCAGGGAUGGGGGGAGGGAGGGUACUCAGAGACUGCGCCUUUGAAAGGCAAGCUGGGAAGAGGGUUUGGGGAGGAAUCCCCAGAUUUGGUGUUUGCAAAAAAAAAAAAGUAACGUUAUAAAAGCACACAAACCCUCAGGCACCCAAUUCCAUUCAGGGUUCUGAGGGCAUCGAGGCCAGGGCUGGUGGGGGUUUGAGGGGAGCACUGGAUGGCCUGUUUUGUAUAGUUGUUAUAGCUCCUCUUCUAAUCCCCAAGAGCUUCUGGGUCCAAGCCCAGAAUGGCUUUCCUGGACCAGAGGAAUAAACCCAGGUUGGGCCCCCUUUUUCCCCUCCCCAUUGCUUCCUGGAUGUCCCUGUUCCCAGCCUCUUUACCAUCAAGGCCAGGGGAUCCAAGAAGAAAGGGGGGAUCCCCUAGACCUUUGGACCCUAGAACCUUAUGACAACAACCAUCCCAUUUCCACCACCAUUCCCUACUGGGCUCCAAGGGGCUGUACCUCAGACUCUUGCUUCCAGCUGCUGCUAAAAGUCCCCAGUGGGGUCCUCCCCUCAACCUUGGAGGACUUUCACUGUUCCCUCCAUCAGCCUCAUCUAUCACCUGGAGGACAGGCAAGAAGGGGAGACUGGCACCAGUCUACAAGCUCCCUAGAAGCCUCCUCUAUCUUCUCCUCUCCCCAGCCCAUUCAGUCUUUCCUCUUCCCCCACCCACUGAGCCAGGGGGGCCUAGGAAGUAUGGAAAGGCUUUGCAGGGGAGAGAGGGAGAAUACAAUCCUCUUUGCUCCUGAAGGGCCCUUAAACUUACCCAGGGAGCAGAUACUUCCUGGCCAAUCAUCUCCUUCCACUUCCCAUUAGAACUAUCCUCAACACAUUAAUAUUCCUCAUCCCCCCUUAUCCCACCCCCAAAUAUAAUGUGCCAGGAGUGAAGCUGCCUGGCCUCACUGUCCCCAGCCACUAAAUCCAUGCCGCCACCCCCUUCUUUCUCCUCUCCCUUCAACUAGGGGCUCCUCUGCCUUCCAAGAGUUGGUCCUCUGCAUGGGCCCCUGAAACAAAAAGCAAGAGGCUGUGUGCCUGUGGGCAGGGGCACCCAUCUCUGAGCAUGUCCUUUUGUCACCAUAGGUGCCCAUCUGUGUGUACUCAUCUGUGCAUGUGUAUGGGAGACCGUGUGUAUCUGUCUACGUCCGUGCUUUACUGUGUUUGUACCCAUUUGCCUCUGUGUGUGUGCCUUUUUCUGUGCAUUUGUAUCCCCACCCCUCCGUGUGUGACUGUAUGAAUGAGCAUGUCUGGGUGUGCAUGAGCAUUUGCCAGAACAUGAGUUUGUGUGCCCAUCUUGCAUGUGUGUGCACGUGUCUAAGCACCUAUCUGCAUGUGUGUGCCUGUCUGUGUGAAUGAGCAAGUGUGCACCUGUCUAUCUUCCUGCCUCACCAGACUGUCUCAGAGGACCUCCAUGGAAAGGAGAGGAGGGGGGAACCCAGACAAUAGGGAGGGGCCAGAGGCUGGGGGGGGAGGGAUUGAGAACUCGUCUUGUAUCAGGGGAGGGAGUCAUAGAGCAAAAAAGAGAAGAGGCAAUGGAGGCACAGCAAGGAUGAGGGUAAGGCCAAGGCUCUAAGCUGGAAAGAAGCAGGAAGAAGGUAAGAGAAUGAAUCAUAGAAUAUGAGUUGGGAAGGCUCUUGGCACCUAGACCGCCGAAUGUGGCUAGUCCAGCCUCCUCAUUUUGCCAAUGCAGCAACCAAGGCCUAGAGGGGGAAGAAAAGUCACUCCAGGGUCCCAAUCAGCCCUGCUGAGCUCAGGGAAGGUGUAAGGCUCCCUCAUCUUUCAUCACGUGAGGCCUGGAUGAAGGCAGCUCCAGGCAGUCUGUGCCCUCCUUUGGGAGCAGGAAGGCACUUGGGGCAUACUAAGCCUGAGUCAGGCAGACCUCAGUUUACCCAGUGGGAAUCACCCAUAGAAGUCAAUCCUAUCUUCAGCACAGGAGGGGAGCUCACUUAUAAAAUACUUCACUUUCCCCAGCUCAUUCCAAUGAAGCCUUUCAGUGAAUCCCAAUGUCCAUAUAACCAGUUUGCUCAAAGGAGGACCUACCUACUGGAAAGCAGCUACCCAAAGAUAUUUGCUGACGGGUGAUACUAGACCAAAUGUCCAGAAGGGAUCAAAAUUGCUCCCUCACAGUCUCCUGGGCCUCAAACUAGAAGCCAUCUGCCUUCUUCCUGGAUCAUAAGGGAAGAACACCAUGUGUUUGCAGGAACCCAAAGGCAGGCAGCCAAAAGCCUGAGAUGAGAGACAGAAAGACAGGCAGAAAAGAGCCAGAUCAACCGAGAUUAGAUUCUCCUCCUACUCAGAGGAGAGGUUCAAAGCCUGACAAAUCAAAGCAAGAGAGAUGUCCUCUCUUCCUUCUAUCCCUUCCUAACUCACUAAAAGGUGGGGAUAUUCCUAAGGCCAGUUGUUCUUUCUCCCACCAGGGCCAAGGAUCAGAAAUGCUAUAUGCAAAAAAAAAAACGGUGGGGGGACAUUAGAGCUGCAAGGCACCUUAAAAGCCAUCUAGCUUAAUUCCCUCAUUUUACAGAUGGAAAACCUAAGGGGCAGAGAGGGAAGGGAACUUGGCCAUGGUCUUACAGUGAGCCAGUAACAGAAGGGAGGACUGUGUUGCAAUGGUAACAUUCAAAUCCUGGUUCUGCUAUUCACUGCUCAUGUUACAGGUGACUUAUCUAACAUCUCUUGGCCUCAGUUUCCUCAUCUGGUAAAACGUGAGGAUGGGAUUAGAUUCCCUCCAGCAAUAAAAUUAUGAUCUUAUGAGUGGUACCCAGGGCUCCAGAAUCUUGAAACUGAGACAGUACAAAAGAGACAGGCAAACAGAGAUCUGAGGGGAGAGCAGAGGAUCUGGAAGGACCAAAGGGCUGGGGGGAGGGGGGUAGAUAAACAGAUGCACCAAGGGAUCAUAUAUGGGAAAGUCCCAGUUUUCUGUUACCACAAGAUCAUGCCCUACCCCUUUCUUCAACAUCCAUUCCUUUUUCUAAUACUUGCCAAGGACCAAAGUUGUAGGACAUUGCACCUGUUUUCCAUUCAUCUUUGCCUUCUAGAGAAGAGCACUUACUAUGUCAGAUGAGGAAACUUUCCCUCCCUCAACCCCAUUCCCACCCACUUCCAGCCACUGCCCCCUGUGACAAGCAUUUAGUUUGCUGCCUUCAGUAACAGGAUCUUAAAAGCUGGAAGGACCACAGCUCAGCUCUAGUUCAAACACCUCCUUUUACAGAAGGGGGAAAUUUCAGCCCAAGGAUAAGGGACUUGUCCAAGGUCACACUUUGAGCCAGGGUAUAGAGCUGGGACUGGAACCCAGGUCUACAGAUGCCCAGCCCAGGGCUCUUUGAACUUCUUCCUUCCUUCCCCAUUGCCUCUGAGUCCUUUCCCUAACAACUUGGGCCCCCUGACUAGAGCAGAGAAGGCUUUAUUGGGGGGAGGGUGUGCUCCCACCCCACCAUACCCCAACCAUUUGUCCCAAGAACAACUUCAUAAACAAGUGUUUUGUCCCUGCUACAGGACUUCUCUGGCAUGUGGUUGCGAAAGAAACACCUUCCACCUGGGACAGCAAUGAUGCCCUGGGUUCCUCUGUAAAUAUAUGAACCAGAACAAAAGUGUUAAAUCAAUCAUGGAUGCAUGAAAUUGAGAUGUUUUGCACUAUUUUGACUUUUUGGUCUCUGUAAAAAUAUUUUAUUAUUAACGGACAUUAAAAAAAAAGCACACCCUCUCAGCUCUCAAAA